AGGGGAUUUUCAUUCCCAUUUUCGUCAUCAACUCUCAGUUUAUCGACAGAAUUGCAAAAUAAAUUAUUAAUACUAGUUUUUCCGAAAGCAAUGAAAAUAGAUGCCUUAUAUCAACACUGACAACGAAGAAGAGAAAACUGCAGUCAUGAAUUAAAGGAUGGCUCAUAAAGAUGACGACGAAUGCUAUCCAGAAGACGGCGUUUACAUCAAUGCCGAAGAUGGUAUGCCUAAUAUCCACCCCAACAUCGCGGACUUGGAACAUGAGAGUGAUUCUCAAGAUGAAUUGAAUGAUUUAGACGAUCUACCAAAAUCUGUUAUCGUUACUAAUAUUAACAGCGCCGUUUUCGCCGACGACAAGCUAAAAAAAGAAAUGGAAGAUCUGUUCCGCACUUUUUCAGAGAAUACAACGUUUCAAUGGCUCCGCAGUUUUAAGAGAUUGCGUGUCAAUUACGACAGUCCCGUAGCGGCCGCUAAUGCUCGUAUUCAGCUUCAUCAAUAUCAAUUCCAUGAUACUUGCAUAAACUGUUAUUUUGCGCAGCCUGUGACACCAGUGUCGUUAAAAAACUUACGUCCGCCGGCGCCUGUAAAACAAUUUCUAAUCUCGCCGCCGUCCAGCCCACCAGUGGGGUGGGAGCCGCGUGAAGAGUUUGAACCUAUGGUGAACCAAGAUCUGCUCGCGGCGCUAGCUAACCUGGCGCCAGGCGAGAGCCACGAGCUCCAUGCACCGACACCCACGCAGCCAGCCAUCGUCGUUCACACCGCGCUAGCGCCCGACGCGAAUGUGCCGCGAAAUGCUUGUAAGCUUCCCCAAACUCGUUGUCCAGACUAUUGAUAUGCCCUUAAGCUAGUGAAUUAACUAUGUAGAGUAGAAGAAUGAAUGCUUUUUCAGUCACAAUCAAUUUUGAUGACCUGCAAUGCCAAAACAUGCAUUUCUGCAGUGUAUAAAUCUGGUAAACGAAUGUCCGUGUAUACAAUGUUUGGCAGUAGAAUUUCACUACUAUUUGUAGCCCAUAGGAAAUUGCUUGUUAAUUCUUUUCAUAUUAAUGUGGUGCUAUUUUAUGGUAUUAUUUUUAGUUUAAUGCAAAAUUUAUUUAUUAAAGAUUCUAUUCAAAUUUAUUUAAAAUUAUAGUGUAUACUUUGUUUCAUUUAGAAAAAUUUUGGGAUAAUUGGACAUUUGGAACUUAUUACAGUAAAUUGGAUAACAAAUAAUAACAUAUCAGAGGAACUAGAGUCUUAAAUUAAAAGAACACCAUAAACAUUAGUCUGAGAUUGCUCAAUAAUGUUAUUUAAUUGAAUACACAUUCCCUGUGACAUAAAAUAGCUUCUGCCAUACAGGUCAUGUGAUGAAGUUGUUAGAAUCUUCAAGUAUUUAUUUUACAACCUUAAAUAUAUUUAUUAUUGUUAACUGUAAUUGUAAAAUAUAAUAAAUGUUUAAAAAAUAAAUCAAUUAUUUAUUAAUUGUUAUGGCUAAAUAUGUUGCAGUGAAUGUGUUGUAACACCUCUGAUUACAAGAAUAUGUUUUCAAAUUUAAUGAUUAUUGCUUGCUU